AUGUUCUCCAAAGCCCUCACUGCCCUUGUCCUUGUGGCACCUCUUGUCUCAGCACAGACUUUUACCAGCUGCAAUCCUCUCACAACCUCAUGUCCUCCUGAUCCUGCUUUCGGCAAAGAUACUGUCCACUGUGACUUCACCAAGGGAGCUUGCCCAGCUUUCAAGGAAGACGCCGGUACAUCAAUUACUCACAACGCCAACGGUGCUGUCUUUACCAUUGGUGGACCCAACCAGGCCCCUACAGUUGCCACGGGCAAGUACAUCAUGUUUGGCCGUGUCGAUAUCGAAGUCCAAGCUUCUACCGGUGUUGGUAUUGUUACCAGCGCUGUUCUUCAGUCUGACUGUCUCGACGAGAUCGAUUGGGAAUGGCUAGGAGGUGACAAUGCUCAGGUCCAGUCCAACUACUUUAGCAAGGGUGAUGUGAGCACAUACGACCGAGGAGCUUUCCACCCUGUCGCAAACCCCGUCGGUCAAUUCCACGUCUACUCCAUCGAGUGGACACCUGCACUCAUUAACUGGAUCAUCGACGACGUUGUGGUCCGCACACUCACAUACGAGGAUGCCAAGGGUGGAUCUGCUUUCCCCCAAACACCCAUGCAGAUCAAGCUUGGUACUUGGUGUGCUGGUUCUCCCGAUGCUGCUGAAGGCACUAUUCAAUGGGCCGGUGGCCUGACUGACUUCAGCCAAGCUCCCUUCAAGGCUUACUACAAGAGCAUUUCCAUCGUCGAUUACGCCGGUGGUGAUGCUCCCACAACAAAGUCUGUUCGAGAGUACAUCUAUGGCGACCACUCUGGUAGCCAUGGAAGCAUCAGAACUGCUUAA